AUGAAGCUGGCUCUCCUCUUGCCCUGGGCGUGCUGCUGCCUCUGCGGCUCGGCGCUUGCCACCGGCUUCCUCUAUCCCUUCCCGGCCGCAGCCCUGCAGCAGCACGGCUACCCCGAGCCGGGCGCAGGCUCCCCCGGCAGCAGCUACGCGAGCCGCCGACACUGGUGCCAUCACACGGUGACACGGACUGUGUCCUGCCAGGUGCAGAAUGGCUCAGAGACAGUGGUCCAGCGUGUGUACCAGAGCUGCCGGUGGCCCGGGCCCUGCACCAACCUCGUGAGGACUCUGAUCAGACCCACAUACAGAGUGUCCUACCGCACGGUGACCGCACUGGAGUGGAGGUGCUGCCCUGGGUUCACUGGGAGCAACUGUGAGGAGGAAUGCCUGAACUGCACCCGGCUCAGCGACAUGAGUGAGCGGCUGACCACGCUGGAAGCCAAGGUUCUCCUGCUGGAAGCCGCGGAACUACCCUCAGGCCCGGACAACGACCUUCCGGCCCCCCAGAGCACCCUGACACCCUGGAACGAGGACUUCCUCCCUGAUGCCAUCCCUCUCGCCCACCCUGGGCCCCGAAGGAGAAGGCCCACGGGCCCUGCCGGGCCUCCUGGGCAGACGGGACCUCCAGGGCCAGCAGGGCCCCCAGGCUCCAAAGGUGACCGGGGCCAGACAGGCGAGAAGGGCCCAGCAGGGCCUCCCGGGUUCUUGGGGCCACCAGGACCCCGUGGGCUCCCUGGAGAGACGGGGCAGCCCGGCCCGCCUGGCCCCCCUGGCCCCGCAGGCAGCCCUGGCCUCUCCACCCAUGGCCCCCAAGGUGUCCUCUACUCCCUGCAGCCACCCACGGACAAAGACAGCGGAGACUCACAGCUGGCAUCUACAGUUGUGGACACGGUGCUGGCGGGUGUCCCGGGGCCCCGGGGUCCCCCAGGGCCACCAGGUCCCCCUGGACCACACGGCCCCCCAGGGCCCCCAGGUGCUCCCGGAUCCCAGGGCCUGGCUGGAGAGCGGGGCAUGACGGGGCCAACUGGAGAGCCUGGCGUGAAGGAAGAAGACGGAGAGAAGGCCACAGAGGGCGAGGGGGUGCAGCAGCUCCGGGAGGCCCUGAAGAUCCUGGCGGAGAGAGUGCUUAUCCUGGAGCACAUGAUUGGGAUCCAUGAUCCCUUGGCCUCCCCAGAGGGGGGUUCCGGCCAGGAUGCCACCCUAAGGGCCAACCUCAAGAUGAAGCGAGGUGGCCCCUCAGCUGACGGUGCCCUUGCUGCCCUGCUUGGUCCGGCCCCUGGGCAGAAGAGUGCUGGCAGUGCCAGUGGGAGGAAGUAA